AUGGCGGAAAACAAAGGUUCCCAGCUAAAUGUGACGUUGAACCCGGUCCUACCGCUCUCAAAAAUCAAAGGGAUCCUCAAGGCACAUCCUGAAGUCCAAAACAUCACGGGCGAUGCGGCAAAAUUGGUCCGUCUGACAUCAGUAAGUUGUUUUAUACCUAAAUUAAUAUUCUUUGGUGUUUAGGAGCAAUUUCUCCGUUGUUUUGUCAAGGAAUGUGUCCGCGAGACGAAGCAAGCUGGACGGAAGACCGUCUUGCCAAAGGAUUUAGGUGAGAAGACUUAGAUUUCACUGAGUUUUGACCAUUAUAUUGCACUUGGUGUUUGAUAAAGAAACUUUUAAUUUUUUCGCUUUCAGACCUGGUGGUAGACAAUGUAAACUCGUUUGACUUGCUGGAGGACGCCCUCGAUGACUGGCCUGAACCGGAAGCGCGACAUCAUUCGGGGAAACCGGGGAGGAAACCGAAAAAUCAAAAUAUUUUCGGUGGGCAAGAAGAAGAUAAGGAAAACGAUACCACCGAAGUUGAAGCCGACGAGUCUGCUGUCGCCGAAGUUGCUGUAGUCCCUGCAGAGUCUGCUGAGAUGGAUAUUGAGGACAUUGCCUGA